AGUGGAGGUAGCGAUCCUCCGGCAGCCUAAUUACCGGCUCGUCGGCGUCAUCUUCACGGAACAAUUACUUCUUCCAGAUAACAACCUCACUGCAUAUAUUCCCUCUGACGAUCGGAAUCUCACUUCGAUCGAUCUCAAUAUAGAUUGUUAUCGUUGAGCUUCGGAGCGAAUAUGGCGGAGAAAAUCGACGGCAUGGAGUUCGAGCAAAGGCACGGCAAGGCCAGAGUGAGAGUCGGUAGGGUUUGGAGGAGCACCAGUGGCCGCCAUUCGUUCGUCGAGUGGAACAUCAGUAUCAGCCUCCUCUCCGAUUGCCUUCCCGCCUAUGUCCACGGCGACAACUCCAACAUCGUCGCCACCGACACGAUGAAGAACACAGUAUAUGCUAAAGCCAAAGAAUGUUCAGAAGAGUUAUCAAUGGAGGACUUUGCAAUUGCACUUGGCAAGCACUUCACGUCUUUUUAUAAGCAGGUUAGUGCUGCCAUCAUCAAGAUAGUGGAAAAGCCAUGGGAGCGUGUAGACAUAAAUGGUCAUCCGCACAAUCAUGGUUUUAAACUAGGAUCUGAGAAGCAUACAACAGAAGUUAUAGUAAAGAAGUCUGGUUCUCUGCGGGUUACUUCUGGAGUUGAAGGUUUGGCGUUACUAAAGACUACCAAGUCGGGUUUUGAAGGAUUUGUAAGGGACAGAUACACAAUAUUACCUGAAACACGGGAGAGGGUGCUGGCAACAGAGGUGACUGCUUCAUGGAGGUACUCCUUUGAAUCUCUCUUUGCCGUUCCUGCAAUGCCACUUUACUUUAGUGAGAGAUAUCAGGAUGUGAAAAAAGUUCUGGUUCAUACUUUCUUUGGUCCCCCAAGAGAGGGUGUUGACAGCCCAUCUGUUCAAGCCACUCUUUAUCAAAUGGCACGGGAUGUUCUCGACAGGUUUCCAGAUGUGUCAUCAAUCCACAUGAAAAUGCCAAAUCUUCAUUUCCUACCAGUUAAUCUAUCAAGCAAAGAUAAUAUUAUUGUGAAGUUUGACGACGAUGUCUAUUUACCAACCGAUGAACCACAUGGAACAAUUGAAGCGAGCUUGAGUCGCAUCGGAUCCAAGAUGUAAACCAGCUUUCAGAUGGCUCUCUGUUAUGCCGUUGUCCUUGUGCUCUCCUUUCUUUGUCUGUGACUCAACUAAACAGUGCAUAAAUUUCACUUUGAGGACGUAACCUACACUUCUAAUGGAGGGUAUUUGUGAAUACCUGAUUCUGAAUAAUCGGAUUGUCACUGGCAGUUGCAUUUCUGUUUUCUGAUACUGUUUAACGGUAUCGCUUUGUCUUGUAUUUUA